UAGAACCUGCUUAAUUACACUCAGUCUGUCAAAGCCAUCAUCCUUGGACUUUUUAUAAAAAAUUGGUAUGUUUACCAUUUUGUGUUAGGCCAAGUCUACCAUGUUAAGUUUACCGUAUACUAGCAAUGAUUUUUUUUAAAUACAAUGUACCAAAAUUCCUGUCUUGUUGCUCUGGAAAGAAGAACUGAAGCACAGGGAAACACUUGAUACCAAAAUGUAAAAAUACAUGCAUCAGUAUCACUCUAGGCUGACAAACUUGAAUGCUCAAAUAGCACACACAAUCUGGAAUUCGAACGCAAAUCAAUGUACCACUAUAUUGAGUGUCAAGUGUCAUAUUUCAGGUAUUUCUAGCACUUAUCUGUGAAAUGCUUACUUCAGUCCUUCUGUUUUAAUCUAUUAUGUCUGUAUGCCUGAACUGCUAUUUCUUGGCACCGAUGCGGGAGUUUUUGGUAUUUUUUGGUGACGUGCAAUGUAGUCAAGAGAUUGUUUGCAAGACACAUUGUUGACCCUGUUGUUGACCCAGUGACACACGUGUGUAGUGUAGCCACGUGCCAUGUAUCCCAGAAAAUGUCAUAUUUCAUACCGCCCUCUAGUGUUCACAGACAGAAAGGGAUUUUUAUUGCGGCGUUCAAAGGCAUUUGUAGGAUUUUUUAGGCCCUCAUCUGUCAUUGAUUCUAAGCCAACUUUUCAUCAUUGCUAAGUUUCAGUUCCUGCAAAGAUGCAAGAGAGGAAGAGGUUUCCUUCAUUAUGUUUCUGCUGUCGUGAUAAUUGAGCAUGCUUCUGUCAAGAUUUUGUAAACGGCGCCGUGGUUUCCUGUUUUACCAUUUGACCAGUUGGAGAGCCCUUCCACAGAAACUUUGUCUCUUAGGGGCAAUCCGGCGGGAACUGGUUAAGUAUUGCAUCCUUUAUGUUUCCUGUCAAAUGUUUCAAUGAAUCUUUGAACUCCUUCGUAAGUGUAUCCCGAAAAAUUAAUGACCUGACAUGAGGGAAUGGGGAAGUAAAGACGAGGCUUUGUGCAAUCAAGAGGUUUGAUCGAAUUUGCAAGUACAUGUUUAUUAUUUAACAGGUGUUUUACACAUAAUGAGCUAAUGCCGACUGCGUGUUUGGGCUCAGACGGUGGUAACUUUACUUCUCUAUAAUAAUGGACAUGGUUGUGUGCUUCGUCUGAUGUUCUUAACAUUAUCCUGAACCAUGAUCACGUUGGGCCUCCAACACCCUUCAAUGUUGGGUCUAUGCGCGCGGUCUGCGCUCCGGCUGGACGUGACAACAUUUGACAGGGGCCCAGUGGGGGAGGGCUGGAGAGCGUAUUGCUAUUGCCAAGUGUCCCAACAAUUUGGUCCAAGAUUGUAGCUUAAGUGUGUGCUACUCAGAUCAUGCUGUAUUCAACUUGUCUCGACCUCGCCCUCUCUUGGAAUGAUUGAUUCACAAGUGCCACGGUGAUAGCGUAAGCACAGUUUCACCUCGAUCCUGUCCUAGAAAAAACAUGAAAUAAAAAACAUGAAUGCUGAUGUCAUUCGUGAAAGUUCCCAACUGUAUCCUUCAGGCACUGGUAAUUACUGCAAAUGCUGCAAAGUUUGGAAUCGUGGAUUACCUUCAUGGAACUCAAACCCUGGCUGGUUCAAUUCAACUAAAGUUGAUGUGUCGGGCGGAAAAAGCAAGGACGGUUUAAAAGCGACCAUUGUUACCUUGACUGCUGUAAUGCGCCAUUAGCUCUCCAACGACUAUUACAUUCCAUAGUGUUGAAAAAACGUUCUCGUCUAAUACACUUACAACUCUGAAAAGUUGCUUUGAUUUCAGUCAUGAAAAAGUUCCGGCUGGAUCAGGUGCGUUUGAGAAAGCUGUUGUGUUGGUGUCAAAUGGCGCGUAACGAAUUAUUGAAAUACAUGUACACGUAGUCACUGAGGCUUGUGGAAUAUUCUGACUACCCGGCGGACGAUUAUAUAAAGUGAAUUUGUUUCGAGGCUGAAAGCCGCCAAGUGAAAACCAAAGUGCUGGAAAUAACUGUGGCCAGUGGAUGCAUGACUGGUGUGCUUAUUCAUGCAUAUUUAUUGAGCUUUUAGUUAUUUCUGCUCUGCAGACAAUACACGGUCUCUGCGAGCAGUUAGUGUACGUGAUGGCACUAGUUGCGAGUUUGCCUUGACUAUCAAUUUGCUCGGUUUCAGUUGGCUGAAAGGAGACGUGACUUCAUGCAGUCCCCGCCGCCAACACUGCCAACCUUUAGCACAAUGAAUAACGUACAACUCGAACAUGCUCUUCUUGCCGACAAGUUUACCCGUCCCUACUUUCAAGGGAUCUACCCAGCCAACGGCCUACCCAAGGAGCCGGUCCCGUGGCCGAGCGCUUUCGUGGUCACAGCGAAAUCCAUCCCAUCCUUUUUCAUCAACCACUGGAUCGGCAUCUACAUCACCCCGGACGGGGAAGGAGAGGUCUUCGAUUCUCUAGGUCACCCACCGAGACACCCGAUGCUUCAGGACUUCCUGCGCAGAAACACGACCCGAAUCGUGUAUAACCGGGUCCAGAUCCAAGGGAGCCAAUCCAGUGUAUGCGGCCAGCACGUGUUGUAUUUCCUUCUGCAGCGCUGUCGAGGUUUUCACCCGGAGUACAUCGUCAGGAGCUUCUGUCCAGACCACGAUCUAAAUGACGCAUUCGUCGAAGACUUCGCCCAACCCCUGCUCCUACCACCUUCAAAUUCUUUGUUUUUGUAACAAAAGCAUAGCAAUCUCCUUGAACGCGCAAUAUGAAUGCAAGUACAUGUGUACAUGUAUAGACUAAUCCGAUUAGACGCCACAACUGCGGUGGCACCGCACUCAAACGCACAUUCUUUAGCUUGACGUGUGCGUACAUAUGACAAAUCACGACACCCCAUUGGUCGAAGAAGAGGCAUGUAACGCGUGCGUAUCACCUGUCCACGAGCGUUG